UUGUGCUUUGCAAGAGACAGUGAGACAGAAAAAGAAGACAAAAGCUGACCCCACGUUUUUCCAUGGCUACACACUUAUUACAAUACCACCACCUCCCUCUCUCAAAGUAACCUUCUUGUCCAAAACAAAAAGCUCUCACAUCACUCACAAAGAAAAAGAAAGCCACAGACGCACAACUCUACAGAUGAAGAAUCAUUUGUACUGCUUUCUGUAAGAUUCCGCCAAAUCUCUGCGAUCGAGCACCUAAACCCCACAAGAAUUAAGAACAGAAUCGGUAUGCUUUGUGGUGAUUAGAAGGGGAAAAAAACAGAGGAGGAGGCGUUUCAGAGAUAGAUCUCAUAAAGGAAAGUAGGAGAGGGUGAAGAAAGGUAUAUAGUGAGAGAGAAAGAAAGAUGGUGGGCUCAGGAGGAUCAGUAUCAGAUAGAAGCAAAGAAGCUGUUGGGAUGAUGGCACUUCAUGAGGCCCUCAGAAGCGUCUGUAUCAACUCAGAUUGGACUUAUUCCGUCUUCUGGACCAUACGUCCUCGCCCAAGACUCAGAGGUGGUAGUGGAUGCAAGGUUGGGGAUGACAACGGUAGCUUGAUGUUGAUGUGGGAGGAUGGUUUCUGCCGUGGAAGGGUUUCGGAUUGUCUGGAAGACAUGAACGGAGAAGAAGAUCCAGUCAGAAAAGCAUUCAGCAAAAUGUCCAUUCAAUUAUAUAAUUAUGGAGAAGGGCUGAUGGGGAAAGUUGCAUCAGAUAAGUGUCACAAAUGGGUAUUCAAAGAACCUUCAGAAAGUGAACCAAACAUCUCCAACUACUGGCAGAGUUCGUUUGAUGCUCUUCCACCAGAAUGGACUGACCAGUUUGAAUCAGGUAUUCAGACAAUAGCUGUGAUUCAAGCUGGGCACGGACUUCUGCAACUUGGUUCUUGCAAGAUAAUUCCAGAAGAUCUUCAUUUCGUUCUGAGGAUGAGGCACACGUUCGAGUCUCUGGGAUACCAGUCCGGUUUUUACCUCUCCCACCUUUUCUCUUCAACCAGAAACCCUUCUUCUUCCUCCUCCUCCACCUCCGCCGCUGCCGUCACUCCCAUUCAUCCACCGCCUUCUCUCGUCAACUGGCCUCAUCAUCACCACCACCGGUCACCACUCCUUCCUUCUGCAACUACUUCCAUUAAUCUCUCCUCUCCCACCAACUUCCACAACUCGUCAACACUCGGAUUGAGUAGUUCUAUGCCUCAUCAACCCAGGGACCAAACCCACCUCUUCCUCCACGACCAUCAUCCCUCUGAUCAGCCGCCGCCAUUGGGCGGCCAUGGAAACGACGACCUCAAAUGGCAGAACGGGCUGUCGUUUUUCAACCCAGACUCGAACCCUAGUACUGGAAGUGAGUUCCAGAAGCAGGAAAGCACCAUGGAUAAGUUCAAGAGGAGCUUCACUCUACCUUCAAGAAUGGCUUUGUCUUCUUCGUCUCCUGCAACUCCAUUAAUGGAUCGUCAUCAACAUCAUCAGCAACAGGAACAGGAACAGGAACAGGAGCAACCUGUGGAUUACAGGAAAUCAGAAGGAGGGUCAUACCAGGAUGUGAUGGAGACCUUUUAACUUGGAACAAUAAUGGCGGAGGCUAGCCAGGGCAAAAAAGUGGGUACUUGAUUGAGAAGAUGAUGAGAUGAUGAGUUUGUAUGUAUGCGUAAUAGUUCUUUGAUCGUGUCCCUUUUUAUUCCCUUUUUUCAUGUGUUUUUGCCUUUUCACUUUGUAGUUUUGUCCUUAUGUUUCCUUUCUUUCUUUCCUUUUUCUUGAUUAUUAUUAGUCAUACUUUAUUAAUGAUAAUUUCUGUCUUAGCUCCA